AUGGGCUCGAAAAAGCGUCCCAGUGUGGCGGAGCGCCUUCAGCGCUCAACGACCACUGCAGCCACAGCGGCAUCAGCGGCAGCAGCAGCAGCAGCUGCAGCGGCCGCCGCCGCUUCUGGAGCCACAACGUCGUCGUCCACGGUAAAAAAACGAACGGGCGCUGGCAGUAGCAAGCACCAAAAGUCGGCUGUCAAAAGUUCCGAGGAGGCAGGCAGCGAGGAGAAGAAAGCCAAACCCAAGAAUCAAAUGCAGCAGCCACACCAACAGUCGGGUCAGCCAAGAAUGCCGCCGAAGAAGGAGGCGAGGGAGACGGUUACCACAACAGCUUCAGCUUCAGCUACCGUCUCCGCCACAAGCACAACAACAACCGCAGCAGGUAACACAACCGCUACAGCAGCAACAGUCACUGCCACGGAUAAUAGUGCCACGUCCAGUGCCUCAAAAGAAAAGGAAAAGUGCAAGCCAACGACGACAUCGCAUUCGCCGGCAGCCUCAUCCGUAACAUCCUCGAAAUCAGCAGCCGACGAAAAGAAUGAGGAUGGGAAGGCGCGCGCUAUCAAUAAAAUGCUAAAGAAUCUCGAUAUAAAGAUACACGGAUUCGAUAAUCUGUUGCCCAGUGGUGAGGAGCGUAUGUGUGAGGGCCUCAAGUCUUCCAUAUCGGAAAAUGUCAAGACCAAGUCGCGUGCUGCUGCAGUCAAAGUUAUAGCCAGUAUGAAUCCCACCAAGGCGCUGACUGUUAAGCGUCCGCGUGUUAGCAAUGGCAAUGAGCAGCAAGCAACUGAAAAGGCGACACAAUCGGAGUCCUCUAAGGAGAAACCUAAAGAGAUUAGGGAGCAAGAAUCGACGACUGGCAAGACAGAUCAAAAGAGUACUUACAGCGAUAGCAAGGAAUCUCAUGGUGCAAAGACAUCGCGACCUUCGGGAGCCAAGAGCGCCGUUGAAAAGGAGAAGAAGGGACAGACAAAGCGAGCCAAACUCGAUACAGAAAGCCCCAAGGUCAAAGCGAAUAAAAAGCAUUUGUCGGCAAAUACCAAGGAGCAUGUGACCAAAAGCGUGCAAAAGGAAACGCCUAAGACCAGUAGUGAGACAAUAGCACCACAAGUAACGCCAGCACCGGCAUCAAACGCAGCUUCAACGUCCACCCCAACCUCACGAGCAAUUCCACACUCAACCCCUAUUCCAACGGCACUGCCGGAACAGAAAAAAGACAUCGGAAGCAAACAGAAGACGAUAAAGGCGAGCAAUGUAAAGAAAGUGUCCUCCCCAGAGGUGACACUAUCGAAGCCAAACUCCCAACAACAGACCAAAAAUACGACAACAGGAGAAGCGAACCGACAACCAGACUCCAAUACCGAGGUUGUGCAAAUGGACAUCGAAGAGAUCGUGAUACAGUCGAGCACACAAACAGAUGGAACAUCUGUCGCUUCCGUAGCGAAGCCAAUCCCGACGGAGACAACCACAACGUCCAUGGCAACAGCUUCAACUCCAACACCAGCAGUCACCCAAACACCCACGCCCCCUAUUAAACAGCGCCCCAAAAUUAAGUACACAAAGACUUCAGCGGCCAAGGCGCGACUACAGCAAGUAUCUAAGCCCAUAUCCUUACCAACUUCAGGCACCAAGCUAGUGCAUAAGGACAUCUAUGACUUCAAGUCUGGCUCGGAGGAUGAGGAGCCCAUCAAAAUGGUGCUGCCCACACUAAAAGAGUUACGCGACUUCUCCGACGAAGACAAUAAACCGUUGCGCAAAAUGGAGAAGAAGAGUAUUGCCGUAGCGGAACAGAAACUCGAAUCGGAAGGCACAACAAAACAAGCAGAGUUGGAGCAAAAGCCGCUUCUCAUAGACCCACCGCUUAGGCCUAAAGAAGAAGCCGUCAAAGAAGAGGCACAAGAGCAGUCCGAACAGCAAAAAGGCGUUAAUAAAAAACAAGCCAAAGCAGCAACGCCAACUACUACCACACCCACAGGUGGUGGUAGUGGGGCGACAACAUCUUUAGCAAAGCGUAAACCUGGCCCGUCCACAAACCAGUCCAGCGCCGGUAAGACGGGCAAGAAAAAGCCAAACGCCGGCAAGGCCAAGGAAAAGCCGCCACCGCAACCCAUCAGCGACACCUCUGCGGACAGCAGCGACUCCGAAGAUGAGAAGAAACUGAGCAGCUAUGGUGCCAAGCGACAUCGCAUGGCCUCGCUCAAUGCUCUGGCGAAGGUGCAGUGUCUCUACGAGAAUGAAUCGCGCACAGCCCACGAGCUGGGGCUGUCUAAGGCGACACAGCAGCCACCACGUAUACGUACUCUGGAUGGCAGUGAUGAUGACAAUAAAGACUCCUCACCUAAAGGCAUUGAAACCGAUGUUGAGAAACCAGCGGUGGCCAAAAUAUCCCGUCGCCCCGCAGAAGAUUCAUAUUCAGGAAAGACAGAGGAGCCCAUUGCGGAGCUCGUGGUGGAGCAUAAGAGGGAGUUACGAAAUGUUCCGGGCGGUCGGGGUGUAGGCAAGCAUUGGGAGUUCGAUAGCGACAGCGAGACUGAAGAAUUAGAGCGUUUACGGGCACUGGCUGCGACAAAGAAGAAGAAGUUGCAAAAGAAAUCACCGGGAAAGAAGCAGCAGCAGCACAAGCAGUGCGCCAAGCAGUCCAAAAAGUCUAUUGAGGAUAGCGAUGAGAGCGCUUCGAAUGACAGACCAACAGCAUCGUCGUCUUCGAACGCUAACAUGGAAAAGCCCAAAAAUAAACCAGCACCCAAGCAGUUGCCCAAGAAACGCAAAACCGCCUUCACCGAGGAGCUAAUUGGCGACUACAAAGGCAUAUUGGCGCGCAAGCGUAUGGCCAGUCUGAACGCCAGCGCCAUUGUGGCAGCCACCUACGAAGUGGAGCGGCACUUGGACAAGAAUUUGGCCAGCGAUUGCAGCAGUUUCGAGAGCUACGACGAGUGCGAAACAGCAGUGGUCGCGAGCAGUAGUACCACAGGGGCUAAGGACUCAAAUACUAAGAUCAUCAGUGAGGUCAACAUUAAGAAGGAGCCUAAGGAGACUAAAGAGUCUGCGUCGGCAGCUGCAUCUGUUGGGUCGGGUUGUCGACAGAGUGAACUAAAUAAGCCGCAGAGCAACAUGAUUGAGGAGAGCAAUGACUCCAAAUAUUCCAAGGAAACAAAGGAGACGAACACGGAUACCACAAUCACCACCGGUUUUCGAGAUUCGAGUAGCGCCAAGGAUGCCAAGGACUCCAGUCGGCCCACCUCAUCCAGUGUGGUCAUUGUGCAGGACACAGAUGUCACCAUCACUGGUGUCUAUGUGAAUGCCAGUGCGGGCGCUGGCCAGGAGGCCUACUGCAAGAUGCAGUAUCGCGUACAAUCCAGCGUCACCGAGGAACGUGUGCUACGACCCAGCUCCGUGGAACCACCAAAAUCCUAUACGCCGCUCUCGGCGCUCUCCAGCAUGUUGCCACCAGGCGCCAGCUCCAAUUUGAGCGAAGCCCACAGUUCGCCGCCACUGCCAUUGCCCACCGCGGCGGCAUUGCACCAUCCGCCCAGCGAGCCGCUCAGCGCCGGCAUGUACCAUGCACCUGACCUGGGUCUACACACAGAGCAUGGCCCACCCGACCACCAUGGUCCGCCACCACCCUCGUAUGCGGCUGCAGCAGCCGCGGCCGCUGCAGCUGCCGCCUAUCAUGCCCAUCAGCUGGCGCCUGGUGCUGGCGGUGUCCUCCAUAUGCACCACCAACAUCAGUAUGCGGCCCAUGCGGCACAUGCACAUCACUAUCAGCAGGCGGCCGAAUAUCAUGGACCACUGCCACCACCACCACAUCAUUACGGUGGUCCGCCACCGCCGCCACAGUCGCACUACGGGCCGCCACCGCCAGUUCCGCUUGCUGUGCCGCCUGAGCGCUGUGACGUGGGCUCACCACCGCCUUCGUAUCGCGCCAGCGCCUAUGCACCGCCAGGUGGCGGUGGACCGCCCACCCUUAGUCAACCACUGGCCACACUAGGCGGUGGCUCGAGCGCUUUUUGUGCGCCCAAUCUGCAUCACCACCAGCAGCAGGCACCGCCACCACAUCACGAUCCAAGCGGCUAUUACCAACCCGCUGGUCCACUGAUCUCGCCGCACGUUAUUGUGCCGCCGCCAGCGCCGCCAACGGUUAAGAAGCUACAUGAGACCGAGGAGGAAGGAUCACCAACAUCCCAGCCACCCCAAACCGACGGCUCAGAGGUGCUGCUUGGAGGUGCGGACCUCACGCCCCUGCGUUACAGCAGCGCCCAUCAAACGCAACCGCCGCAUCACGCACAGCCGACACCGCUAACGGGACAGCAACACCAGCAACAGCAGCAGGCCGCUGCCGCCGCAGCCGCCGCACAUCCGGGUGUGCCGUAUCCACGAUCGAUGCACGCAGCCCAGAUCCACUAUUCAACGGCCUAUCCGCCCAACUAUUACUCACCGUAUCCUAAUGAGGUCAUGUGCUAUUCACCACCCGCCUAUCAGCCGUAUUUCUCAACCAAAGUCUAUCAGAGUGCGCCGCCGCCACCGCAUCCACCGCCGCCCGGCGCCUAUCGACGCUAUCCGUACUAUCAGCACGGUCCGCCACCACCGCCGUUGGCCGAAUUGUAUGAGCAACAACAACAACAACAACAACAGCAGCAGCAGCCGCCGCAACACCCAGUGCCACAGCCGCCAUCGUCAACAGCAGCCACAGCCGCCACCGGUCAGACACCCGUAAGCGCAUCUGGCUCAUUGCCAUCAACGGGCGCAGUACAGGCUCCAACGUCAGCAGGACAGACGCCUUUACCGCAGCCCCAACAACAACCUCUGGCGCCUGGCCCUCCAACAUCGGCCGUCACACAACUAGUGCCCGCACAUACGCAGCAUCUGGAACAUUUUCCGGGUCCGCCCAGCUACUACGCCGGUUACAGUCCCGGCGGCAGUCCAGCCGCCGGACAGUGCUACACGCGCAGCAUACAGGGGCCGUAUAUGGAGUAUCCGCCACAGUGUCCGUGUCCAAUGCAACAAUCGUGUCCAAAAAACGUCCAUACUGGGCCUCAUAUUGGUAGCAACAGCAGCAGCAGCAGCAGCAAGAAGAACAGCAGCAGCAGCACAACCAGCAGCAACAACAGCAGCAGUCCUAUGCACAGGACGAGCAGCAGGAGCAAUCACAGCAGUAUGAUAGUGAACUCUACGAGCAGCAGCAACAACAACAACAGCAACAGCAACAACAACAGCAGCAGCAACAAUAUGCAUUUGAGUGGCAGCAGCAGCAGCAACAGCAACAGUUUGCUUAUCAGCAACAACAACAGCAGCAACAUGUUGCAUACGCCGCCGCCGACAAGCAACAACAGCAACAACACUACAACAACGCUGACUACCAGUAGGGGCCCAGUUAAAAAUGGCAACAACAACAACAACACCAACAGCAACAACACGAUAGCAAUUACAGCCGCAGCUGCAACAGCGGCUUUGAACACCAACAACAUCGGCACCCAAUGUCAGGUGCUGGUUAAAACGGAGCUCAAAACUGAGCACAACAACAACAACCACAGUAAUAAAAGCAACAACAAUAACAACAACAACAACAACAGUAACGGCAAAAGUCAAUACGAAGCGCAUGUAAUGCAGCCGCCCACCCCGCCCGAAAGCUACUGCGCCAGCGAUGAUAAAUUGCUAAUGGAGGAGGAAUUGGAAGAGGAAUUAGAACUUGAGGAGCAGAGCGGCAAGGAGACGGGUGCCGAUGAGAAAGAAACUCAGACGCAAGCGUCUGAUAUAGAGGCUUAUGAUUUAACGGCUGGAACGCCGCCGCCACCGCCGCUCACAGUGACAAUGACACUGCCGGCGGCAGCAGCCACCGUGCCCGUAGUGGGCGUGGCACGCAAGGCGCGCAUUGGUAAGACAAUGGCGCGCGAAAUGGUUUAUGCGGCGCAGCAGCAGCAACAGCAGAUGCUGACCAAAGAGGCAGCCACUCUUGCAGAAGACGAACCAAAGUUGCCUUUUGUACUUAAAGCGGAAAUCAAAGCAGAGACCAAAAUCAAAAUAGAACACGAUUAUGUGGCAGUUGCUGGUGUGGCAGCAACAAUUUCGCAUAUCAGCCAAAGUAGUAAAAUCAACAACAACAACAACAACAACGACAGCAAUAGUCUGCCUGAUUUGAAGCUAACAAUCAAAACUGAGCCGGAGCCAGAGACGGAAACCGAAACGAAGCCUGAACCUGAACAGCCCCAGCCAGAAAACGAAGAAGAAGCCGCCGCCGCCUCCACAUCUGGCAGCAAGCGCAUCAAAAUUCUGGAGUGUAAGGGCGGACAGCAGAGCAAAAAAUCAUCGGCCCACAGCUACAAGAGCCUCAUUAAGCAGGCCGAGCCGAAAGCCUAUCUCUGUCUGAGCCGCAAAUAUGGCAGACGCUAUGGCCGUGUGCCGGCCAAAUAUGUGAAGCGUCGCCAACUGGUUCUAACCGAACGCCAGAAGCAACGUGUACGCGAGCAGCGACGCGAGACGCUUCUUCAGCGUAAGCGGGAGGCGCGGGAGCAGCGACGUGCGCGGAAACAAGGAACGGCAACGGCAACACCGACCUCCACAGCCACUACAGCGACGACGUCAACGUCAACGACUGCGCUCCUCGACUCGGCCGCAGAGCAGCAAGUGGUGGCCGCCUCCACAAGCUCGCCGGCUGCCUCGCCAAAACGCGCACGGCCGCGCAAACAGGCCAUUGCUGCGUUACACAUCCUGGAAACCAUUGAUACGGUGGCGCGCGGCUAUUUCUCCGAUCCGGAGCUAAACAGCAGUCGCGGCCAACCACAUAGUCUCUAUGCCCCCUCCACGCCCUCGCCGCUCACACUAAAAGCAGCGCCGGCGGCAACAACAAAACCUAAAGCCGCAGGGGCAGGGGCAGGGGCAACUACAGCCACAUCGACGUCAGCGGCCAAAAGUGGCAGCAAAGCUGGCAAGCAAUCGAAACCAGUAAGCGAGAAACGCUCCAAAUCGGAGACGAAAAGGCCGCUCCAAACCCAAUGUAGCAGCGCCGCGAGCAUUGUGUUGGCGCACAUGCGCAGCGUGAAUGCCGCGGAGCUCAAGCUGUCGGCAGAAACGGCAACUACCUCAGCAGCAGCAGCAGCGGCAGCGGCGGCGGCAAUGGCAGAAGCAGAACUCGCCGCCGAUGAGCCGCCUGCCAAGAAGCCGCGCAAACAGUCCGCCGCAACCAAAUCGAAAGCUAAACAGCCGCGCAAGCAGCCGGCGGUUAAGACUAAGAAGAACGCCGCAACCACAACGAGCGGCGAAUUUCCAACAACCGCCACAGUGGCCACAGAGACCAACAACAAUGAGUAUCAAGCGGCAAAUUUGCAAAAGCAUGCAGCGUCCCUGGAAGCAGGUGGCACCACCACAACCACAACCACCAGUACCACCACAGCAACAGAUACAACCGCUGAGGCUGUGGCAAGCACAAGCAAUAAUAACAGCAACAACAACUUGGCAACAACGAAGCAAACAGAUGAGCUUUCAAUGCCAACAACGCAAACGCAACCGCAACCACAACCUCAACAUUCCGAUGAGCAACACAAGUUCCUGGUGCCCAGUCUGCCGCCACCGACGCGUCAAGCCUACGCCCACAACCACACGAAGCGGGCGCGCUCCCGCUGCAAGUUUGGCAAUCGCAAGCGACAGCGUCAACGCCCUGGUGGCGUCUCCUACGAGGUGGACGAAACCCAACCGCCGGCCACGCGUGCCAAUGUGGUGCCCAAAUGGAACAAUGGUUGGGUAUGGGCCGGCAAGCCCUUUCAGGGUCCAGUAUUUCUCAAUAGCGACGAUCCGCUGGUACUGCGCACGUGCUAUCCGGCCAUGCGACACGUUGAGGGGGACAUCAUACGGACGCGCGACUGUGUGCUGCUAAAGGCCAACGAGGAUAACGAGCUGCCCUAUGUGGCCAAGGUGGCGCACCUCUGGCAAAAUCCUGAGGAUGGUGAGAUGAUGAUGUCGCUGCUUUGGUAUUAUCGUCCUGAGCACACGGAUCAGGGACGUCAGCGCAACGAUUGUCCCGACGAGGUGUACGCCUCGCGUCAUCGUGAUCACAACUCAGUGGCCUGCAUCGAGGACAAAUGCUACGUCCUCACCUUUAGCGAGUAUUGCAGAUAUCGCCGUCGUCUGCGCGCUGCCGAGGAGGAUGUCGAGGAUGUGAGCAUUGUGCCCCGACGCACCAAUACGACCAAUUGUUAUCCCGUACGCACCGUUCCCGACCACACAAAUCCCGAGCUGGUAAUGUUCUGUCGUCGCGCCUACGAGUUCCGCACCCGUCGUCUCCUCAAGCUGCCCCAAAAGAACAGUCUGCUCUACAGUUAGAAGCAGGCGUGGCGUGCGUUGGCUCUGCUCCGCACGCAAUGCCAGUAUUCACAACAAAAGCACCAACAACAACAACAACAACAAACUACAGCAAUAGCAACAGCAACAACAACAACCAAAAGA